CAAAUUAAUUAUACAUUUUUGGUCAGUGCUUCAGAGGCCUGUGCCUAAUUCAUAUAUGUACUUCAUGGAAAUAUUUUUUGUCUUAACAUUUUACCGAAUGUUGGUAGUAGUUGUUCUUCCACACCGACCUGUUCUUCCACACCGACCUCGAUAAAGCAUUUCUGUAUGGACCUAGCUUUGUGUAUGGGAGCAUUGUCAUGCUGGACAGGAAAGGGCCUUCCCCAAACUGUUGCCACAAAGUUGGAAGCACAGAAUUGUCUAGAAUGUCAUUGUAUGCUGUAGCGUUAAGAUUUCCCUUCACUGGAUCUAUUCCUCCUCCACCAAACUUUUCAGUUGGCAUUGGGGUAGGUAGCAAUCUCCUGGCAAUCCACCAAACCCAGAGUUGUCCGUCGGAUUGCCAGAUGGUGAAGCGUGAUUCAUCAAUCCAAGUAACGUGUUUCCACUGCUCCAGAGUCUGGUGGCGAGCUUUACGCCACUCCAGCCGACUCUUGGCAUUGCGCAUGGUGAUCUUCAGCACUUCCAGUUGACCGGGUCAGCUGUAGCUGGGUUGAAAUUUGACGAACUGACUUGUUGGUAAGGUGGCAUCGUAUGACAAUGCCACGUUGAAAGUCACUGAGCUCUUCAGUAAGGCCAUUCCACUGCCAAUGUUUGUCUAUGGAGAUUGCAUGGCGGUGUGAUCCAUUUUUAUACACUUCUCAGCAACGGAUGUGACUGAAGUAGCCAAAUCCAGUAAUUUAAAGGUGUGUUCACAUACUUUUGUAUAUACAGUCAGAAGUUUACAUACACUUAGGUUGGAAUCAUUAAAACUCGUUUUUCAACCACUCCACAAAUUUCUUGUUAACAAACUAGUUUUGGCAAGUCGGUUAGGACAUCUACUUUGUGCAUGACACAAGUCAUUUUUCCCAACAAUUGUUUACAGACAGAUUAUUUCACUUAAGAUUCACUGUAUCACAAUUCCAGUGGGUCAGAAGUUUACAUACACUAAGUUGACUGCACCUUUAAACAGCUUGCAUAAUUCUAGAAAAUGAUGUCAUGGCUUUAGAAGCUUCUGAUAGGCUAAUUGAUAUCAGUUGAGUCAAUUGGAGGUGUACCUGUGGAUUUAUUUCAAGGCCUACCUUCAAACUCAGUGUCUCUUUGCUUGACAUCAUGGGAAUAUCAAAAGAAAUCAGCCAAGACCUCAGAAAAAAAUGGUAGACCUCCACAAGUCUGGUUUAUCCUUGGGAGCAAUUUCCAAAUGCCUGAAGGUGAUCAACCAUGAUACUCGCAGGUUUCGCUUUCGACUUCCCUCAACAGAACAUAUCCUGGGACUCCCUGUAGGGAAUCAUGUAUACCUCUCUGCCCGUAUUGACGGCAGCCUGGUAGUCAGACCAUAUACACCUGUGUCCAGCAACGACGACAAAGGAUAUGUUGAUCUGGUUGUGAAGAUCUACUUCAGGAAUGUGCACCUUAAGUUUCCUGACGGGGGGAAGAUGUCCCAAUACCUGGAGAGUUUGCAGCUGGGAGACGUGGUAGACUUCAGAGGACCAGGAGGCCUGCUGGAGUACAAAGGACAUGGGCAGUUUGCAGUUCAGACAGACAAAAAGUCUCCUGCUGAGAUAAAAGUUGCCAGUACUGUGGGUCUGAUAGCUGGAGGAACAGGCAUCACCCCUAUGCUACAGCUGGUGCGCGCCAUCAUGAAGGACCCCAGUGACAGCACCACCUGCAGCCUGCUGUAUGCUAACCAGACUGAGAAGGACAUCCUGCUGAGGGAUGAGCUGGAGGAGGUCCAAGUCCGACACCCAGACCGCUUCAAGCUGUGGUUUACAGUGGACAGGGCACCCGAUGGCUGGGAGUACAGUGAGGGCUUCAUCAAUGCAGACAUGAUUCAGGAGCACCUGCCGGCCCCCAGUGACGACACCUUGGUGCUCAUGUGCGGUCCGCCCCCCAUGAUCCAGUUUGCCUGCAACCCUAACCUGGACAAGUUGGCCUACCGGAAGAGUCAGCGCUUUGCCUACUAGUCUCCAGCCUCGGGACUCUCCUCCCAGCCACCCCCGGCCUGGGCAUUCUCAAUUCAACAAGGACAUCAAUUCAGUGUUAGACUUAAGCUGGAACUACUGCUUGAGAACCAGCAUCUCUUUAUAGAAUAUUCGGUUAAAACUAUUGCAGAGUUCCGGGACCUAAACAUAAACAAUACCGGCACCCAAAAUGAGUAAUGGCUCCUAUUUCAGUCCACUAGAAGCACUGAAUCAGUCUACUGCCAAAACCCCAAUCUGAUAAGUGCAGACGUGCCCUCUUAUAUAUCAGGUUGAUCAUUAAAUGCUCACUUGCAACCAAAGUCCUACCUUUGUAUUAUUGACCUCCACUAAGCUCUGCCUCCAUCCCCUGCUGAUGGCUACAAUUGAUUGGGCCCUGUGUAUUUUUAGGUGAGCUGUUGAGGCUUUGAUUUAUUAUUGAUGUUCUUACCCUUGCACGUUCUUCCUAAGAACAGGACAGAGAGAACAAACCCUAAAGAUAAAGCCACAUAAUGAACUGAAUUACGCCCAGGGGUGCAGUGCUGAAUAUGAGAAGGCCGCCCAGGCAGCAUUGCUUUAAAUGCACACAUGCCAAAUUAUAUGCACUUAAGUAUUUCAGCUUCUGCAGAGAUGCAUUAUACUGUAUUUUGGCAUCUGCUUUGAGUGUUACAAAUAUAUACAGUGCCCUUUGUAUUUACUGGGAUGUUGACAAUUUUGUUGUUAUUUUGGCUCUACUCUAGAAUUUUGCAUUUCAAAUGUUACAAUGACUAUGAGGUUAAAGUGCAGACUGUCAGCUUUAAUGUGACUUUUUGCACUUUUUGUACAUCGUCCUCUCAUUUUAGGGGACCAAAAGUAUUGGGACAAAUUCACUUGUGUGUAUUAAAGUAGUCAAAAGUUUAGUGUUUUGUCCAAUAUACACGCAAUUGAUGAUUAAAUUAAGCUUGUGACUCUAAACAUGUGUUGGAGUCAUUUGCUGUUUUGGUUGUGUUUCAGAUUAUUUUAUGCCCACUAGAAAUGAAUGGUAAAUAAUGUAUUGUCA